ACACUAUUUACGUUGGUAUCCGCAUGGCAGCGCCGGUCGCAUCGCUCGGGAGCUGCCGCUUGCUGAGCUUCCAUGAGGAGAUGAAUCCCAGCAAGCGCAAGACGAUGGAAGACGCGAUCCGCGUCGUCGACGGCUUCCUCCACACGCCCCAGAACGGCUUCUUCGCGGUCUUCGAUGGCCAUGGCGGUCGGGGCGUCUCGACCUUCUUGCAAGACCGACUGCACAAGACGCUCGAGGCCGAGGCCGCAAGAAAGGACGGCGCGACUAUGGACGAGCUCCUCGAACGAGCCUUCAUCCUUUCCGAUAUGGAUUGCUGCCUCGAAGAUUUCUCGGAGAACGCUGGGUCCACGGCCGCUGUCGCUGUGAUUGUGCAGGAAGGGCCGACGCGCGUCUUGUACGCCGCCAACGCCGGUGACAGUCGGACAGUCAUGUGCAAGAGCGGUCGCGCGACGCGGCUAAGCCAGGACCACAAGGCCGAAAACCCGGAUGAGGCGGCGCGCAUCGCGCAAGCCGGUGGCUUUGUCAUGCAGCAUCGUGUCGCUGGUGUCCUCGCCGUCACGCGGAGCUUUGGGGAUCGGAGCCUCAAGCCGUGGGUCACCGCGCAGCCCUUCGUCUCUCGCACGCCGCUGGACGAGCACGUUGAGUUUGUCAUUUUGGCGUGCGACGGCGUCUGGGACGAGCUCGACGACCAAGAGGCCGUCAAUAUUGUACUGUCGCUCGAGCCGCUCAACCGACCGCAAGCCGCCAAGUUCCUCGUCGACGCCGCGCUCGAGCAAGGUAGCUGCGACAACAUCUCGGCCGUCGUUGUCUUCCUCAAGUAAUCAUCCUGCGCUUGCGUCCUUUCUCCAGUUGGUCCCUCGU